AUGAAUCGAUCAACUAGAAAAACCUCUCACCACAGGGCCUACAUGGAUUUUUCCUCAACAAGUGAGGGUCCUACUAUACUGCACUUACAGAAAUGGGGACCAUCUGAGUUCCAAUUCAAUCUGUCUGAAUUCCGUGAAGCUUUUAUUUCUCCAACACGGGAGCUUCUGUUAUUGCUAUCAUAUCAGCGUGAAGCUUUGCUGGUUCCUCUAGUUAAAGGGGAAGAUUUAAAUGUCAAGGAAUCUGAGAAUUGUAUUUAUGAAAAUAUUCAGGAUCCAAACUCCGUAGCUUCCUGUUCAACGGAGUUUGCAGCCCAUAGGAGGUCAGAUUUAAGGGAGAAUGUUUCAAGAAGUUCUGAAUCUGUAAAGAUGGUUUCUGAUAAUGAUUUUUCUCUUGACAUAAAUUCUGCAAGGACUAAUAAUUACCCUUUUGUCUGUGAUGUAAACUCGCUGGCUUGGGGUAUAUGUGGGGACACCUAUAAUCAUCACGAGGAAACUUCAUUUAAAGAACUUCUUUUUGUGUCUGGCGAACAAGGGGUGACUGUCCAUGCGUUUUGUCAACCUAGUACGGCCCGCAAAGUGACUGAAUCCACAAUGGAUAGUGGGAUUGGAGAAGGGAUAUGGGUGGAAUGGGGGCCAUCUGCUGCCUUUCAUGAUAUGGAGGCAAUAGAGCACUCUCGUUUGCAUUCUGAAGCCUCUAGAGAUUAUGUAAACAACAAUUCUGAAACUGGAGAAACUUUGAAUACCCUUUUUGUGGAAGCUGAGGAGGAUGAGUUGGCAAUAACUGUUGCUCGAAAGCAAUGGUUACGGACUUUUUUGACCAAAGUUGAAACAUCAAAAUCUGAAGGUAACAUGUGGACCAGGUUUCCGAAGAAGUCAUCGUUUCCUUCCACUGCGAGGGUUGUUUCGUUUAGCAUUUUUGGUAGUGAUUUUCCGCUCUUGGGCUUCCUGUCUGAUGGCAGGCCCUUAUCACCUGAGAAAGAGAGCCACAAUGAUUUAUUUCUAGAUCUGGUGAACAAUACCUAUAUAGAUCCAGGUACUAGUUCAUCUGGAAGAGUUAUUGAGUUUGAUGCUGCAUCCAAUAGUUCGACUGCUACAAGGAGCACUUCAUACAAGUGUUCGAGAUUGUUCUCUAGCAAUUCACAUCGACUAAUUGGUUUUGUUUUAAUUUUGGUGGAUUCUGAACCUGUCAACACUUGUGAUGGACCUGAAAGAAACAAGAGCAAAAUUCUUCUCAUUGUUGCUAGGUUGUUUAGCAGGGGAAUACAAUGGGUUUCCUCCGUGAAGCUUGAUGAAUGUUUUGAUGGUGGUUCUGUGUAUGAGUGGACUGACUUUGGAUUUUCUGAUAAUUUUCUUAUUUGCCUUAAUGCUGCUGGAUUAAUCUAUUUUUAUGGUGCGAUGAGUGGUGAGCAUGUAGCACAUUUAGAUCUCUUACAGAUUCAUGGACUUCAACUACAUUCUCAAGAUCAAGAUAAAUUGCGAGUACAAGGUGACGUGGCUCCAUUUUUUCAAACCUGUGAUUUUGUUGGUAAAAAAGUGUUCAAGAGGCUGCUUGUUGCUUCACUUACAUCGUGCUUUGCUGUUGUUGAUGAACAUGGUGUAAUCUAUGUUGUAUGUGCUGGCGAACAUGUGCAAAGGAAAUGUUUUUCCAUUGAGAGAUCAGUGCAACCUAUUCAGCAUACAGGGCUUGGAAAAUUUAUCAGUUGGGAGGUUGGUGGUGCUGAUAUUAGCCACCAAAGAGUAUUAUCUAAUAUUUCAGGCUGUAAUAAUUCAAAUAAUUCUGAGAGAGGUAAACCUUCCUCCAUGGAUACUGUCGGAAGUAGGGAGCUUUGUAAAAUCCAGGACAGAAAGGGUCAGCUGGGUCAGUAUGACCUACAUAUUAGGGGCUUCACAUCUGCAUUACAGAUGAUGGAGCAGAAGUUUCACUGUUCUAAGUUACCAUUGCGCCGUAUGAGGGAAAUUUUUGUUCCUAGAUAUAGAUUUAAGGGAGAUGAUGUUAUUUGUUUUUCUUCUCUUGGGAUCACACAGCUCAACAAAAAACAUAAUAGCAUGAGCAAAAGGUGUUCUCAACUUCUUCAUUCCUAUUUGCAUGUAGACUCAACUAUGAAUGACGACAAAUGUUUUGAUCUCCAAGGCUGGGAAGCUUCUGUUGGAGAAGCUGUCGGUUGCACUUUCCAGGGAUGUUUUUAUUUGGUGACAAAAAGCGGUCUUUCAGUAGUUCUUCCCUCUGUUUCAGUUUCUUCAAAUUUAUGUCCAAUUGAAGCCAUUGGAUAUCGGCAAACAAGUAUCAGUGUUGAUACGGUGCAUCAAGCUGGUGACCUUCCGGAUAUGAAAGGAUUGAAACAGCCUUGGUCGCCUUCGAAAGCAGAAGUACUGGAUAGGAUUCUUUUGUAUGAGGGCCCCAAAGAGGCAGAUCACUUGUGCAUUGAAAAUGGGUGGGACUUGAAAAUUUCUCAUAUGCGUCGCUUGCAAUUGGCUUUGGACUAUUUGAAAUUUGAGGAAAUUGAGAUUUCUUUAGAAAUGCUUGAAGGUGUCAACUUGGCUGAAGAAGGCAUCUUGAAAUUGCUCUUUGCUGUUGUUUUUUUGAUGUAUCAAAAAGUCGGUAAUGAUAGCGAGGUGGCUGCUGCAUCAAGGCUUCUCACAUUGGCCACCUCCUUUGCAACCAAAAUGAUUCGUAAAUAUGGGUUCUGGCAAUAUAAAAAAGAUGCAUUCAUGGCACAGGGUGUUAAGAGUAUCCAAAGUUAUGCAGUUGCUUCUGUGUUACCACCCAAAGAUAAUAAUGACAAAGGAAAUUCAAGAAAGCUUCGGGAGAUGGCUCACUUUCUGGAGAUUAUCCGAAAUCUGCAAUGCCGACUUAGUACCAAAUUUAGGGGGCCAGUUCAAGGAUUGGUGGAUGAUGUGGGGGCAUUAAGUUCAUUAAAUACAGAUUUUCCAGAGGAUGACCAUGAGCUUUCAAUUCUUCCUGCAGAUGCAUUAUUGUUGGAGACAUCAAAGCAACACAAACCAUCAAUUCUUGCAUCUGAUAUGGACUCGGACAAUGCUGAAAAACUUGCUUUGGUGCCCAUGGAUUCCUUGGACUCCAAAGCCCAUCCGGACUUGGAGAACUUCAGUGGAGCAUCCAUCCUUGUUUCGGAAGGAAGUAUUUUUGCAAGGAAAGUUUUCCCCUUGGAAAAUCCCAAGGAUAUGAUUACACGUUGGGAAAUUGAUAAUUUGGACCAAAUAAAUGUUGUCAAAGAUGCGUUACUUUCAGGUCGUCUUCCAUUAGCAGUUCUUAAAUUGCAUCUUUAUCGUUUAAGAGAUUUGGCCACUGAGAAACAGCCUCAUGAUACAUUCACUGAAGUUCGUGACAUUGGAAGAGCUAUUGCUUAUGAUCUAUUUUUAAAGGGUGAAACUGGACUUGCUGUUACUACGUUGCAAAAGCUUGGUGAGGACAUUGAAAGUUGUCUCAAGCAGUUGGUUUUUGGCACUAUUAGAAGAUCUCUCCGAAUGCAAAUAGCCGAGGAGAUGAACAGAUAUGGAUACCUUGGCUCGUAUGAGUGGAAGAUUUUGGGGAGGAUAUUACUCAUUGAGAGACUCUACCCUUCUGGUAGUUUUUGGAGAACAUUUUGUGCCCGUCAGAAAGAGUUCAUGAGAGUUCCAAGUAUAAAUUCACCUGAGGAAGUCAAUCUGCGCCUAUUGCGUUCACAAUUCAUAAGUCUUGUCAUUGAAUGUGGUGAUAUUGAUGGAGUUGUGUUAGGCUCAUGGACAAAUGUCAAUGAACAUUCUGGUGAUCCUGUGGUUGACGAUGAUAGCGCUCAUGCUGGUUACUGGGCUGCUGCUGCGGUCUGGUCUGAUGCUUGGGAUCAAAGAACCAUUGAUCGUAUAGUGCUGGAUCAGCCUUUUCUUAUGGGUGUUAAUGUAUUGUGGGAAUCACAACUUGAGUAUCAUAUGUGCCACAAUGAUUGGGUGGAAGUUUCCAAACUCUUAGAUGUAAUUCCAUCAUAUUCAUUAUCCAGUGGAAGCCUUCAAAUCACUUUGGAUGAUUUGCAUUCUGCUUUAGCUGUUGGAUGCGAUGGGGGACUCACUGACUCUGGCAACUAUACAUAUUCUGUUGAAGAGUUGGAUGAUGUGUGGAAGAAUGUCCCAGGCGUCAGAAUAUUCAGAUUUUCAGCCAACAAUAUGUGCUCCACAUGGUUAAGAACAUUUAUGGAGCAGCAGCUCGCUAGGAAAUUCAUUUUCUUAAAGGAAUACUGGGAAGGCACAUCAGAGAUAGUAUCUCUUCUGGCACGCUCGGGCUUCAUCACUAGCAUGGAUAGAAUUUCAUUCCUGGCUGAGUCGUUUGAGAGUUCAUCAGAUGGAGAUUUGUCAAUUACUAGUGGAGAAAUUCACCCCGAAGUUGUCCAUGCUUUACAUAAACUUGUCAUACAUCACUGUGUGCAAUAUAAUUUGCCUAACCUUCUGGACCUCUACCUUGACCACCACAAGUUGGCUCUAGAUGAUGGUUCUCUUUCUGUUUUGCUGGACGCUGCUGGAAAUUGCGAAUGGGCAAAAUGGUUGGUCUUUUUAAGGGUUAAGGGACAUGAAUAUGAUGCAUCAUUCUCUAAUGCCCGUGCGAUUGCAUUACGUAAUUUAGUUCCCGAUAAUAAACUCGUUGUCACUGAGAUUGAUGAUAUUAUUCGUACUGUUGAUGACAUUGCCGAAGGAGCAGGGGAAAUGGCAGCUUUAGCCACCUUAAUAUACGCCCCUUUCCCAAUUCAAGAUUGCCUGAGCAGUGGUAGCGUAAGCAGGCAUUGUAGCACCUCAGCCCAAUGCACAUUGGAGAACCUUAGGCCAGUUUUCCAACGCUUCCCAACACUCUGGCGCACACUUGUGUCGGCAUGUCUCGGACAAGAUCCAACUUGCAACUUUCUGGGCCCAAAAACCAAAGUGUUUAGUAAUUCUGAUUUGUCAGACUAUCUGAAUUGGCGUGACAACAUAUUCUUCUCUGCUGGGCGUGAUACCUCACUUCUUCAAAUGCUGCCAUGCUGGUUCUCUAAGUCUAUUCGGAGAUUAGUUCAGCUAUAUGUCCAGGGUCCUCUUGGUUGGCAAUCUCUAGCGGGCCUGCAUACUGGAGAAUCUUUCUUACUUGGGGACAUCAAUUAUUUGGUUAAUGCUGAUGUACAUGCUGAGAUCAGUCCCAUGUCCUGGGAAGCUGCAAUCCAAAAGCACGUUGAAGAGGAACUUUAUGCCUCUUCUCUAGAGGAAAUUGGACUUGGACUUGAGCACUACUUGCAUCGUGGUCGUGCGUUGGCAGCUUUUAACCAUCUACUUGCUGCUAGAGUUCAAAAGUUGAAAUUGGAAAGCAACAUUGAAGGGCACUCUGGCGCUUCAGGACAUGGGCAAACAAAUAUCCAAUCUGAUGUGCAUACACUUCUUGUGCCUAUAACAGAAAGCGAAGAGUCUCUUCUUUCCUCUGUCAUGCCACUUGCUAUUCUGCAUUUCGAGGAUUCUGUGUUGGUGGCUUCAUGUGCUUUUCUUUUGGAGCUGUGUGGUUUAUCUGCCAGCUUGCUUCGAAUCAACAUUGCCGCUUUGAGACGGAUAUCUUCUUUCUACAAGUCUAGUCAUUCUUCUGAUCACUUUAGGCAAAUUUCAAUAGGGGGCUCAGCAUUUCAUUCAAUAUCCCUUGAGGGAGAUGUUACAGAUUCUCUAGCUCGGGCAUUGGCAGAUGAUUAUCUACAUGAUGAUGGUGCUGGCGUCAUUAAACCAAAAGAAAGAACAAAUACAUUUACUAACAGACAACCAUCCCGAGCUCUCAUGCUUGUCCUCCAGCAUCUGGAGAAGGUGAAUCUUUCGAUUUUGGCUGAUGGCACCACCUGUGGGUCUUGGCUAUUGAAUGGCAAUGGUGAUGGAGCUGAGCUAAGGUCUCAGCAAAAAGCUGCAAGCCAGCACUGGAAUUUAGUUACAGUUUUUUGUCAAAUGCACCAGAUUCCCUUGAGCACCAAGUAUCUUGCUUUGUUAGCAAGAGACAAUGACUGGGUUGGGUUUUUAUCAGAAGCUCAGGUUGGAGGAUAUCCUUUUGAAACAGUUACACGAGUGGCAUCAAAGGAAUUUAGUGAUCCGCGUCUAAAAGUUCACUUAUUAACAGUUUUAAAAGGUAUGCAAUCUAGGAAAAAGAUCGCCUCUUCCUCAAACUCAGAUAUUACAGAAAGUAGGUGUGAAACAUCCUUGUCAGAUGAAAAGACUUAUAUCCCUGUUGAGCUUUUCGGAAUUAUAGCUGAAUGUGAGAAGCAGAAAAAUCCUGGAGGGGCCCUUCUGGUAAAAGCAAAGGAUUUAUGCUGGUCAAUCUUGGCAAUGAUUGCAUCAUGUUUUCCAGAUGCGUCUGCAUUGUCCUGCCUAACAGUUUGGCUGGAAAUCACUGCAGCAAGGGAGACUUCAUCCAUCAAGGUGAAUGACCUUGCUUCCCAGAUUGCAAAUAAUGUUGAAGCAGCAGUGCGGGCUACUAAUUCCCUGCCAUUGAGUGGUAGAGCUCUAGCAUUUCACUACAACCGUAGGAAUCCAAAACGCCGAAGGCUUAUGGAGCCUAUGUCGGUUGAUCCGGUACGAACCACAGUGUCGGAUAUAUCUGCUACUUUAAGUAGCACAAAAAUAUUUGCUGCCCAAGACACUACUGCUGAAGAAGAAACAAAAGAACAAGCUGGUGAACAUUCUAAAGUUUCAAGUGAUUCUAACGAAGUUCCUGUUUCUUUAUCAAAAAUGGUUGCAGUGCUUUGUGAACAACGCCUCUUUCUUCCUUUGCUGAGGGCUUUCGAAUUGUUCCUUCCAUCAUGUUCUCUAUUACCUUUCAUCCGUGCUCUUCAGGCCUUUUCACAAAUGCGUCUAUCUGAAGCUUCUGCUCAUCUUGGAUCAUUUUCUGCUCGAAUUAAGGAAGAGCCUUUCCAUGUACAAACAAACAUGGGAAGAGAAGGGCAGAUUGGGACAUCAUGGAUAACCUCCACUGCUGUGAAAGCUGCUGAUGCAAUGCUUUCAACAUGUCCAUCACCUUAUGAGAAAAGAUGCUUAUUACAGCUACUUGCUUCAACCGAUUUUGGUGAUGGAGGAUCUGCUGCAACUUAUUAUCGACGACUUUAUUGGAAAAUCAAUUUAGCAGAGCCUUCAUUGCGCAAAGAUGAUAAUCUACAUCUAGGAAAUGAGUCUCUAGAUGACUCUUCACUUCUAACUGCGCUAGAAAAGAAUGGACACUGGGAACAGGCACGCAAUUGGGCCAGGCAGUUGGAGGCUAGUGGUGGACCUUGGAAGUCUGUUGUACAUCGUGUUACUGAAACACAGGCCGAGUCCAUGGUAGCAGAGUGGAAGGAGUUUCUUUGGGAUGUCCCAGAAGAGAGAGUUGCUUUAUGGGGCCACUGCCAGACACUGUUCCUCAGAUAUUCCUUCCCAGCAUUGCAGGCCGGAUUAUUCUUCCUUAAACAUGCAGGAUCUGUGGAGAAAGAUCUUCCAGCAAGAGAGCUCCAUGAACUGUUGCUUCUUUCUCUACAAUGGUUAAGUGGGAUGAUAACGCAGUCCAACCCAGUUUAUCCAUUGAAUCUUCUGAGAGAAAUUGAGACUAGAGUUUGGUUACUAGCGGUAGAAUCAGAAGCUCAGGUAAAGAGCGAAGGAGACUUUACCUUAAACAGUUUUAUCCGGGAACCUUGGGCUGAAAAGGGUUCCAAUAUUAUAGACAGCACUGCAAGUAUUAUUACAAAAAUGGACUCUCAUAUAGCAGCAAGGAUGAAAGCUACCGAGAGGAGUGAUGCAAGGGAAAAUAUCCAGACAUAUCAUAAGUUCGCCCAAGUUGUAGAUGCUAGCUUUUCAACUACAUCAGGAGUGAGCACAAAGACCAAACGGAGAGCCAAAGGCUUUGUGCCAUCAAGACGGCCUUUAAUUGAUGCAGUGGAUAAAACCCCGGAAUCUGAAGAUGGUAUUCUUCCCCUCAAUCCUAGAAGCGACUUGCAUUUGCAAGAUGAAAACUUUAGAAUUGAAGCAUCUUUUUCAAGGUGGGAGGAAAGGGUUGGACCUGCGGAGCUGGAGAGGGCUGUUCUUUCUUUGUUGGACUUUGGACAGAUCUUAGCUGCCAAACAACUCCAACAUAAGCUUUCUCCAUCGCACAUUCCAUCUGAAGUCCUACUUGUUGAUGCAGCUAUGAAGCUUGCUUCUAUUUCAACGCCUGGUGGCGAGAUAUCCAUAUCAAUGUUGGAUGAUGAAGCGUAUUCUGUUAUUCAGUCAUACAAUUUAGCCACUGACCGCCAUUUGAUUGUCCCACUACAGGUAUUGGAGAGUUUAGCAACCAUGAUUGUGGAAGGUAGAGGCCGUGGACUAUGUAAGAAAAUUAUAUCAGUAGUGAAAGUUGCAAAUGUAUUGGGCCUUUCAUUUUCCGAAGCAUUUGAAAAGCUGCCAAUUGAACUGCUACAGCUGCUUUCUCUUAAAGCACAAGAUUCUUUCGAGGAAGCAAAGCUCCUUGUGAAAACACAUUCUAUGCCAGCUGCUAGUAUUGCUCAAAUUCUUGCAGAAUCCUUUUUAAAGGGUUUAUUAGCUGCACAUCGUGGGGGAUAUAUGGAUAAUCAGAAAGAGGAAGGACCUGCUCCUUUACUAUGGAGGUUCUCAGACUUCUUGAAGUGGGCCGAGCUUUGUUCCUCAGAACCAGAAAUUGGCCAUGCAUUGAUGCGUUUAGUGAUUACAGGACAGGAAAUACCACAUGCCUGUGAGGUUGAGCUUCUUAUUCUAUCCCACCACUUCUACAAGUCUUCAGCUUGCCUUGAUGGAGUUGACGUUCUUGUAGCUCUUGCAGCCACCAGAGUGGAUGCGUAUGUUUCAGAGGGUGAUUUUCCAUGUUUGGCUCGCCUGAUUACUGGAGUUGGAAACGUCCAUGCCCUUAAUUUCAUUCUUGGAAUUCUUAUUGAAAAUGGUCAGCUGGACCUUCUUCUUCAAAAGUAUUCAGCUGUUGCUGACACAAACACGGGCCCUGCUGAGGCUGUCAGAGGAUUUCGAAUGUCAGUUCUCACAUCACUGAAGCAAUUUAAUCCAAACGAUCUGUAUGCAUUUGCCAUGGUUUACAAUCACUUUGACAUGAAGCAUGAAACAGCCUCUCUUCUGGAAUUGCGAGCUGAGCAAUCAUCUCAGCAGUGGUUCUUACGUUACGACAGGGACCAGAAUGAAGACCUCCUAGAAUCAAUGCGCUAUUUCAUUGAAGCUGCUGAAGUUCACUCUUCUAUUGAUGCUGGCAACAAAACACGUGCCGCUUGUGCACAAGCAUCCCUUGUCUCUCUUCAGAUACGAAUGCCAGAUUUCCAGUGGCUCAAUCUCUCUGACACUAAUGCACGACGAGCACUAGUUGAGCAGUCCCGUUUCCAAGAGGCACUGAUUGUUGCUGAAGCCUAUGGUCUUAACCAGCCUAGUGAGUGGGCCCUCGUACUUUGGAAUCAAAUGCUUAAACCAGAGCUUAUUGAAGAGUUUGUGGCUGAAUUUGUUGCUGUUCUUCCUCUCCAGCCCUCAAUGCUUGCUGAACUUGCAAGAUUUUAUAGGGCUGAGGUGGCAGCCCGGGGGGAUCAAUCCCAUUUCUCAGUUUGGCUGACGGGGGGAGGGCUUCCAGCAGAAUGGGCGAAGUAUCUAGGAAGAUCAUUUAGAUGCCUGUUAAAGAAGGCUAGAGAUUUGAGAUUACGGGUGCAGCUGGCCACUGUGGCAACUGGUUUUGGCGAUGUUAUUGAUGCUUGUGUGAAGGUACUGGAUAAGGUCCCUGACAAUGCUGGGCCACUUGUGCUAAGAAAAGGGCAUGGAGGUGGUUACCUCCCUCUGAUGUAAACUACCGACUCUGGUGGAUAUAACAGAGAUGUUCUUUUGUGACAUGAUGUUGAUGAUCACGGCAUGAUAGGUCAACAAUGAAGAUGAUGAUGGUGAUGAUAAAUUCCCGAGACUCCAUUACGAAGAGGUCAACAUGUAUCGUGUGAAUAUUAGGUAUAGUUGGAGAUUAGAUAAAGGGUUGGUUUAAUAGAUUUUGCUCCUAUUCUUUUUUCCUUUUCCCUUUUGAGCUUCACAAGCAGCAGAGGGUACCUGGAAGAAAAUACAGGUAGUUUAGUUCAAUGUGAGCGAUGUCUUGGGAAGACUUGUGAUUUUGACACUUAUAUUUUUUCCCCCCAAGUCUUUUGAAAUCAGGGGUGAGUUUAAUGCGUGUGUUGGGUGUUAUUGUUUCUGUAGCAGAUGUACAUUAUUUUUUCACAAGGUUGUACAUAUUUUUAUCAAUGAAUCUGUUCCUACUUGG